AUGGAGCGGAUGAAAUCCCUAGCGAGGAGUUUCGUGUACUGGCCCAACAUCGAUGACGUCGUCGAAGACUACGUCCGCUGCUGUAGAUCCUGUGCUGAAGCUGCUAAGUCACCACGCAAGACGGACCUGGAGUCGUGGCCCAUUCCAUCGAAGCCGUGGGAACGAGUCCAUAUUGAUUAUGCUGGCCCAAUGAAUGGAUACUACUACUUUCUGGUAAUCGACGCAUAUUCAAAAUGGCCAGAAAUCUAUCGCACACGAAGCACAAGUACAACAAAGACACUGGAGAUGCUAGACGAGAUAUUUGCAAGAUACGGCAAUCCCAAAACUCUCGUCUCGGAUAAUGGAUCGCAAUUUGUUAGCGCCAGAUUCAAGCAAUUCUGUGAAGAAGCUGGAAUCACCCACUUAACGAUUGCGCCCUACCAUCCACAGUCUAAUGGACAGGCUGAGCGCUUUGUGGACACACUCAAGAGAGGACUCAAGAAGUCUCCUGCAGAGCUUUUCCUUGGUAGACCCAUCACUACUACUCUGGAUCUGCUCAAACCCCGGAAGACACCGACACCAGCUGUAAACAGUAAGCAAAAUAACCAGUUCAAUCGACACCAUGGCACCGUCAAGAGAGAGUUCUGCACUAAUGAUUUGGUGUAUGCAGAGGUUCAUCAUCGCAAUCAAGUCUCCUGGGUUCCUGGCAAGGUGAUCGAGAAGAAUGGUUCCGUCAUUGAUACUACUGAGACAAGUUUGCCAUGGACUAUGCUGCUUGAGGAAUUUGGUAUGCAAGAUUUGUGUACCCCAUGCCCCAAUGAAACUGCCGAUCCUGAUUUGGAAAAAGCUCAACAACCACCUGAAGUACUGCCCGAGAUGCCACCCUCAGGUCAACAACCACCUGAAGUACCACCUCCUACCGAACCAACAUUGGAUCAAGAAGAGGUUCCAGUCCCUGAAGCCGUUGUUGAAGUCAUUGAACCACAGUGCUCCAAUCAACCCGUUCGUAACCGAAGGCUUCCAGCAUGGCUUGCACCGUACGAUCUCUUUUAA